AUUCUCUCUCUCCUGCUCCUCACUCUGUGAUCACCUCUUCCACCUCCCGCGUUUUCUUAGUCCAUAAAUAUGGCUUUUUCUUUCAAUUUCAUCUUCCUCUCAUUGCUUUUUCUUCAUUAACCCGCUUCCAUUUAUUACUCAUCAUACCAUUACUCCGUCCCGCCGCCAUGCCAUCGCCGGAAGUUUUCUCCCCACGGGUCGUCGAUAGGGGUCCUGUGGUUCCGGUCACCAAUCUCGUCAAGUUCCUUGAGUGUCUUCAGAUUGUAGCCCUCAACUCGUUUGGGAAAUUCGAUUUCGAUCUUAAAUACUAUGUCGAUUUGUCUCUGAAAUUCGAUUUGAAUUCUACCCAAACCUCUUUCGAUGCCCUUGAGCGAUCCUCUAAUGGCUCUGUUCCCGUCGAGAAUUUGAAAACCUUCAUUAAAGAUUAUUUCCAUAGUGCUGGAACCGACUUGGUUUACUCUGAGCCAGUUGAUUUCGUCCCUCAGCCUGUUGGGUUUUUGCCCAAAGUUGAGAAUGUGGAGGUUAGAGCUUGGGCUUUAGAUAUUCAUAACUUUUGGAAGAAUCUUAGCCGUAGAGUCUCCGAUGAUCUCAUUCAUCGGCCGGAUAACCACACUCUGCUUCCGUUGCCGGAGCCUGUUGUCGUUCCGGGUUCCAGAUUCCGGGAAAUUUAUUAUUGGGAUUGUUAUUGGAUAAUCAGGUACGGCGGUGUAAUUUAGGUCUCAAAUUUUAUUUAUGAAAUUUUUACUCUGCAAGAGUUACACUUGAUGACUCGUUCUUCACAAAGUUCUUAACCCUUUUCUUGGCUCUUUUCACCCCUUCUGUCAUUUGGUGAAGAAACAAUGCUCAACUUAAAAUUUUCAUUAAGAAAAGGGGAAUCUGAAAGUAGAACGAGCAUCAUACAUGGUUAGAUAAUAUAAUAUAAUAUUAUAUUUGUUUUUACCCAUUAGUUUAAAUUUUUAGGUCAAUAGUUGAUGUAAGAUGAUAUUAAUAGGGAUAUUCAAAAAACUUGAUGACCCGAAAGACUAGAUCAACUUAACUCAACCUGUACAGUUUGGAUUAAACUUUAUAGGUUGGCUUAAUUUAAUUUGAAAUAAUUUGAACCAACCCGAACGAACUCAAACUCAUUAUUAAUAUUGAAAAGUAUCCAAUACAAUUAUAUAUUCAUAUAUUUAUUUUAGUUUUACUUAAUUUUAUGGUUUUUUUAAGAUUAUUUAUUAUCUAUCAAUAAUUUAAAAUAGUUUUUUAACACUACCCAAAUAAAUUUUUCAUAAUAUAAUUAAAAUUAAUUUGCUAAUCUUAUUUCAAUAUGUGACGAUAAUUAACCAAAUUCUUUUACAUUUUAACAUGCUACUUCUUUUUAAAACAAAAUUUUAAAUAAUAACCCGAACGAAUCCAACCCAAAAUUUGUAGGAUUGUAGGGUUGGAUUGGGUUGGGUUCAUUAUUUAAUAAAAGUUGUUUGGAUUGAAGAAAUUUACAACCCGAAUGAUUGGGUUGAGUCCAAAAAGUGCUUCAACCCAACCCAACUCAACUCAACUCAACCUAACCUAACCUAACCUACAAACACCCCUAGGUAUUACAACAAAGACCCUAUAUUCAAAUCCGGCAAUGAUAUUUUCUCCAUUUUCGGAUCAAUGAGUGAUUUAAGAUGGUAUUAAAGUGGGAGGUCAUGAGUUUUGUUCAAACUCCUAGAAUUUUAUUUUCUGCCUAAUUAAUAUUGAUUUCCAUUCAUUGUAUCUACAUAUUUCAUGUUCAUCAGCGAGGGAAAUGUUAGAAUAUAUAAAAUUAAAUUUGAUUUCACCACUCAUAUAUAUUAUAAUUUUCUUGAGUUAUGACUAUGGGGUUGUUCCCUAGUUUGUUUUUCUUGGCUCUAUUCUGCCUUUUGUUUUUAUAUUUUUGUGCAGAGGUUUGUUAG